AUGGCGGAUGGGUUUUCGUGCUGCGUUUCUGGAAUUUAUUGCAAUCCGACUAACACAACUUGCACUAACUGCAAGAAAGUGUUCGCUUCUCGAAAACGUAUGCUAUGUCACGCAAGAUGUGCUCACGGCUGGAGUGGUUUAGCCCCUUCAGUGAGUUGCGAUCGGUGUGGCAAUACCUGCUCCAGCUUUUCCAGCAUGGUUGAACUCGUCAUGCAUCACGAAUCGGCUCACGGGUUCGUGGCAGACUGCGUCCAGCUCACCUUCCGGUCAGAAAACGAAUUCCUGCUCUGGAAAAAGAAGAAAGAAGAGGAGGGAGGGGUGAGCUAUAUUUGCAACCUCAAAAAGGUGGAAGGAGCAAGUGGUGCUAGCAUGCAGUUUUAUCGAUGUUACCAGCACAAGGGAGAAGAUAAGAGAGGCCUGCCUGCCAGUCACCGUCAGUGCAACUCAAGCGGCCAGCACUGUCUCUCAGUAAUGCUCAAGGUCAUAAAUGCUGACGGCAUCAAGGUGACUUACCAGAAGAACCAUUACCGCCACGAGGGCCGUCAUCCGACAAGCGGGAAGUCCGUGACCGGUCAACCUCCUCUCGCUUCCCCAGACGAAGCUGUGUCGUCAGUGGUGGGCCCGGGAUCACCAUGUUCCGGACGUCGCACUUGGCUCUUGGUAAAAGAAGAGAGUAUGUUUUACGCGCAAGACAUAUUAGAUACCCUUUUGUUGGGUGAUGUCUCAGAUGACGCUGUUAGAGCAGUACUCCCGAUUUUGACUAAUAUUCGUGAUGUAUUGAUGGAAUCACAAGGAGCAAGUCAAACAUCUGAGUAAGAAGCGGCAGAAUUCCACUUGGGGAACACUGUCCGAGUCUGUUUCACCGUGCACCUGGAAAGAAGACACAUUAGUUACAUGACUUGUGAAUGAUUACAUGCAGGAA